CAGUGCCAUAAUCCGGCAAAAAAUCUAUUUAUAUCUGCUGUUAGAUCUGUCGGCGUCUGGGGUUAGGCUUUUCCAAGGCUCCACUGUACGUUGAUUACGACUACAAAAGAAACUUUUCGCCAUGCUGUCUCGGUCAGGAAGAGCCGAAACUCGCAGUCGGGCAAAGGAGGACAUUAAACGAGUUAUAAAUGCGAUCGAUAGAGUUAGAAAAUGGUAAGGCCAUUUUGUUUCUUUGUUAGUGCCUCUGAUUUGCUCCACUUUGUCGUUACCAUUUUUAUUAACUUUUUUUUCACCGUCUAUUCCAAACAUUAGUACUUAAUCAAUGUUUACAAACAGGUUAGCGGACUGCGCGCUCUGGUGUAUUGAGGGCAACACGUGCGCGUGUUUAUAUUUAGCCAACAUUGUUGUAAUUGGGAAUACAUUUACUUUUUAUAAAUGGACUACCUAGACUUAGAUCUAGAGGAACUAGGCCUACUACUACACUAUACUUUUUCUGCUAAUAUUUCCUCUUUUAGAGUCAUUUUUUAAACUUUUCAGUUUCUUUUACUCAAUUACUAUAUUCUAUAUCUUUUACUUUUAACUUUUACCUGUAACUGUAAGCUACUAUAGAGCUUAUAAAAAAAUAAUAAAAUACAACUCAUUCAUAUAUUCUCACACUAUUCACCAUCCAUGGCCUUGGGCCUUAGCCUUGAUUCAUAGGCCCUACUAACAAGUAAGUAAGGGGUCCAUAAUAAUAAUAUUAUUAUUAAUAUUCAUAACAAUAACAGCUAUGCUCUAUACUCUAUACUCUAUACAACUAUAGGGUAUAAGUAUAAGGGUAGCAUUACAUUUACAUAUCAUUUAUAUAAUACAGGUUUUAUAUACAGUAUACAGAGGCUACUUACUAGGCCUAUAUUUACUUUUAAAAUGUAAAAUCCUAGGCUGUGGCUAUGUUGUCUUAGGCAGAACCAUACCAUUUUUAAAAAUUUAGGCCUAGCUUAGACUAGCUAGACCUAAGUAUUCUCUAAAUAAAGUUGUAUCAAUUUAUCAAAUUUUUCAGAUAAGUGAACACUGCGACAGAGAUGUUGCAUUAAGGAAAACAAAAUAUUCUUACCAGAUAGUAUUUCGCUAUUCUUACCUGAUAGUUUAACAUGUAUUGGGCAUUAAUGCAGGGUUGAACUUUUUUGUUUGUUGUAUGUUGCCCACUUUAACAUUUUAUUUAUAUUAGUUCUGUGGUGCCCCUUCUCUGUUAUGGGGGGGGGGAGGAGGAGUAGAGAAACAGGGUUUAAUUCCUCAAGUAGGCCUUCUGUAUGCCUACUGUAUAAUGGACCUAGCAUUACCAAAAUGUUAAAAGUACUGCAGUAAGUUAAAGUUAGCUUGAAACAAAUUAUUAAUGUUAAAAGAUUAGCCAUAAACUUAAUUUUUUUUUUUGAAGCUUUAAUUUAUUAGGUUUGUUUGCUAUGAUUUUUAAACUGCAGCAAUUCAACUUUUUCCCCCCACAAUCCAUUUAGGGAAAAGAAAUGGGUUACUAUAGGAGACACAUCGGUCACAGUCCUGAAAUGGGUUCCCAUAACAGCACAGGAAAAUCCUGGAGUGAGUCUGAUAAUUUCUUUAAAAAACUUUAUUAUAUGAUGACACUUUUUUCCUACUACAAUGAGCAUUAAUUUUAAAAUUGUAGAGAUGCUUUCAUUUAUUAAUUUUUAAAAAAAUUUUGCGGGCAAUAUUUCCUGUUGGUAAAUUAAGUGUUUUUUUUACAUCUUGUAAAUAGUUUUAAAUAUACAUUUGUUUUGUUUUAUUUAAUUAAUUUAUGUCAAUUAAUUGUUAAAGUUUUGAUUAUGUUUGUUAAAUUGAAUGUAGAGCGUGGUGAGCCUAGCCCUAGGCUGGGCUACCACGCUAUAUAAAACCACAUAUAAUAAUACUUUGAGAAAAUUUUGGUUUUUGUACACUAAUAUUAAUAAUAUUUUUUAGGCACUUCGAAAGAUUCCAGGUGUAAAGACUAAGACAUAUUCUAAAGCAAGGGUUGAAAGAGAAAGGGAACUUUACACUGGUGAGUAGAGGUUACAUGGUCUUGUGGCAGCAUUGAUCUAUGGUCUAAAUAAAUGAUCUGUCAUAGAUUUAUUUGAAAUGCUUACAGUGGUAACUUUACAGUGGUAAGUAAGGAUUACGUGGUCUUGUAGCAACAUUGGUGUAUGUUCUAAAAAAAUCAGUCAUAGAUUUAUUUUGAUCUGUGUACAGUGGUCCUGUGGAGAAACCUUGAGUUCUUAAGGCAUGUAUUGUCUCACAAUAUGACAAGAGAAGAGAAAUGAUUUAGCAUUUACAUUUAUGUACAGCUGAAGCAGAUGCCCAUCUCCGAUCAAUGUCCCCAUCCAACAGCAACACCAACAUUUCCACUGCCAGCAGCCCAUCCUCUAAAAUUCAUCACCAUGGGAAUCAACAUAGUGCAGGACAUAAGAGAAAUCAAAAAGGAGUUGUUACAAAUAGCCAAGGUUUGUUAGCAAUUAGCUUUAAAUAACAAAGGUAUAAGAACAGGUUUUUUUUUACAAAAGGCCAGAAGCUAAUUAUUGUUUUUUUUGGAGUACACUCCAGGAUUAAAAAUCGUGAUAGUUUAAGUUUAACCUGUUAUGAAUUUUCAAAAAAGGCAUAUCCCCUCUUUAUAAAAAAAUAGAAAAUAAUUACUUCAUCUUUGUGGAAGCUUUUCAAAAGACACAUGAACUUAACAUGCUUAUGGCUUCACUCUCCUUCCAGGCACUGUUGUGUACACAGAAGAGUCUACCCAACAGUCGAUUGGUUCUUUUGGCUCUGAGAAUCUCAAUGAUGAUUCCAAUAUGUCCUUUCCUGAAAACAGUGAGCACAGUGAACAUAAUGACAACAAUGAGUACUCCCAUGACAGUAAUGAUGCUGACCCACAGAUGCGAGUUGGUGAGACAUAAAUUGGGUUCAUUAUUCAGUUUGAGUUUAAUCAGUUUCAGUCACAGUUUACUGAUAUAUUCAAAGUCUCAUAGUCUAUACCUUUGGUAGGGUCUCAUGCGGUGAUAGGCUUUUAAGAAAAUAAUACAUUUUGUUUUUAAAAUACAACUUGUAGAAGAUAAUGGUGUGUAUAAAUUAUAAAACUUUUUUUUACAAUUCUUGUUAAAAUAUAGGGAUUGUCAAUAAAUCACAAUUUAUCUAUACACAUUUUUUUUAUCUAAGUGAAGCUGCACAAGUGUUUGCUCAAUACUCAGCCAAAUACAGGGGGUCCUCAUUAAACACCCAAGUCCAUAUUUAUCUUUUUGAUAGUCGACUUGUUUUUCAAAAAGACAUUUUUGUUUGAUAUUCGCCAGAAAAUUCGAUAUUUGUGACCCAACCAGUCUCAGGCAGUGAUUCAAAGUACUACUUUAUUUAUUUUUAACAUUUAUGAGUUUUUUUAAAGCUAUUUUUUAAAGAAUUAUGUCACCAUGCUGUUCAUGUGACCACAGUGUUCAUGUCACCAUGGUGUUCAUGUGACCAGAGUGUUCAUGUCACCAUGGUGUUCAUGUGACCACAGUGUUCAUGUGACCACAGUGUUCGUGGGACCAGUGCUCAUGUCACCACAGUGUUCAUGUCACCAGAAUUUUUGUUUGUUUUUUGUAUUUAAUUGUAGAUUUCCCAGGUAUUAAUUUUUUGGUUAACUUGAAAGUCUAGUCCUUAUUUAUGAUUUGUUUGCUUGAGUUUGGGAGGUGGGGAGGAGGGGUUUCUCCAAUGAAGGGAACUAUAUUUUAUUGACAUAUUUAUGCAGGGCUACAGUAGAGUAUCAUUAAAGCUUCAUAAUAAGUCAAUUCUGUCAUAAUGAGAAAGCAUUAAUAACUAGUGAUGCAUACUUAGUUCAUUCCUGUGUAAAACCUGACGGAUAUGGAGGGUCAACUGUACUUGUUUUAAAAAUUACUUGAUAUACACUUUACCAAUUCACAUUUUGAUGAGGGGGAAACUCCUGUAUUUUUUUAAGGGGUGAAAAGUUUCAUAUAAAAAAAUGUACUAUUAAAAUAAUUUUUUGGGGUUUAUUUCUCUUUAGCAUUGAGCAUGGUUCGGGAAGAAGAAGAAGCUGCGAAGGCAAAAAGUAAUACGAAAGCAGAAGAGACGAAUGGUUAGUGUCUGUUGUGCUUUGUUUGUUUUAUUUUAUAUAUUCAAUCCAAUUGUGGCUUUUCUCAUUGACAUUAUAUUCGGUAUCGAUACUUGAAUAUGUUUCACAAUUCUUCCUGUUUUAACAUGUGAUUAAGCACACACAUAUUCUGCAAGUCCACCUGUGUAAUAUGUUGAUAAUUACAUUACAGAUUCUACAAGUCCACCUGAGCUUGAGAGAGAAUCUUCAUCUGAUGAACCUAGUGCCAAGAAACAGAAGAUAGGCUCCUAACAUGACAUUUAGCAUCAUUCCUUUUGAAUUUUUAAAACAUUUGUAUGUUAAUUUUUUUGGAUUGUCACUAUUGCCAUUUUGAUGUGUUUGUGCAAAAAAUAGCUAAAUUGAAAAAUAAUUCUUUAUCUGUUAUUGAAGACUGACCAAUCAUUGCUGUAAAUCUCUGAUCAUAUAAGGCUGAAUUUAUUUUUCAAUAAUUCAUAUCAUCAUGUCCCUUAGUCUUUGGACCAUUGGGGUGCCACAGAUGACAAGUGAACUGUCCUCCUCCAUUCGUCUCUGUCUUCUGCACUACGCACAGCAUCGCCCAGUGUUAGUCCUGUCCACUCUUUGAUGUUAUCCUCCCACCUUUUUCUUUGUCUUCCUCUUCUUCUCCCUCCUCUUGUGGUGCCCUGCAAUAUUUCUUUGGCAAGCCCUUGUUUCCUUGUUACGUGGCCGUACCAUUGUAGUUUGCGUUUUUUUCACAGUCACCAGUAGGUCAUCGUACUCCCCAAUUGCCCGGCGAACCCUUUCUUUCACUGUAUCAUUGGAGAUAUGGUCCAUAUAGCAGAUGCCAAAAAUGCUUCUGAAGCAUGUCAUUUUCAUCGCCUUCUUUUUUCUUUUCAAGAUCUGCUGUUAAUGUCCAGGAUUCGCAGGCAUACAAGAAAAUGGAGAGGACUAAUGAGCGCAUCAGCCUGAUUUUGGUGCUGGGGGCUAUAUUUUUGUCAUUCCAUAUUUUCUUGAGCCUCUUUAGUGCUGUUGUAGUCUGCGCAAUCCUGGACAUCAGUUCGGGCUUGGAGCCUUCUUCUGAGACGAUUGCUCCUAGGUAUUUGAAGCGGCCUGCAGUCUCUAGUCUUUCCUCCCCGACCUUAAUUUCAGUGGUGAUGCCUGCCAUGGUGGUCAGUCUUGUCUUUUGGGCAGUGGUUAGCACGCCGUAGCCGUAGGACGACGACGAGGUCUUGUGGACACGCUUUGCCAGGUUUCUUUCAUUAAUAUUCACCAUCGGUGGCUUUCCCCAUGUCCUCCAGAAAUAUGUUAACUAUCUUAUAAAAAGAUAAUUUAGUGGAAGUAAAUUGAAGUCACAUGAUCUAAUAAAAUAUUUCCUUAAUUCUUGUCCCCUUUAAAAUCUUCUUCCAUUUCCUGUACAUUACAAAUUUUUUUUAUUUAAAUUAGAGAGAUAAAGCAACUCAUCAUCAUAUUAAAUAUUGGUUCUUCUUAGCUAAUGCCUUUUUAAAAGUAACAAAACAAAAAACUUUGACUUUUACACCAGCAACUUAAUUAUUUGGGGUUGUGUUAGUUUUCUACUUGGUCCCACAUAUUAAUGCGAUGUUUCUGGAGGUAGUGAAGGACAUCAUUCAAAUUGCUCAAUAAAUACAACUAGUGGAAAAUGUUUAUCUUGAACAAACAAAAUUGGUCUGCUCACUAUAACCCAUUCAUGAAAUGUUUUAUUUUUAUUAAAUGCAUUCUCCACUAUUUUGUGAACAUCCACGCAUGAUAAUGCUGAUCAAAGAAAAGGAUUUUUUAAAGUUUAAAAAAAAAAAUGGACAAAAGUUUGUUUUAAGUACCGGUAUAAUAAAUGUCAGUUGGAUUCAUUGUCUGGAUAAGUAAAAUAUCCUAAACUUUGAAAUUGUAUAUUGAGAUGAAUCUGAUAGAUGAACUGAAAGUAUGAACUACCAUAGUUGGAAUGUGACCUAAACUGAAAUGUUUCCAUAUGUAAAACAACCCAUUUGUACCAUAUGUGAUGUAUGUACAUAUUUGCAAUAUGGAAGUUGUCCAUAGUGGACAUGAUAUUGUUGAUUUUGUUCUUUUUUUAUAAAUACAAGAAGAAAUUUUAUGUCUUUUGUUUUGCCAGUUUUAAAUUUAAAUUAAAGGGUACUGACUUGAGAAUCACUGAUACUACAUUGCAAAAGAUAUAAAGUGCAGGUCAGAUUUAAACAUUUUCCCCAAGUGUUUGUGGUAAAGGUGUCAAAUUUAAGGUGUUCAAUUCAAUCAGCAAUGUGUUAACCAUGCAAUUUAUUUGCUGGAGACUGGAUGAGAAAGGAAAUAACAUGAUGAAAUAAAUCUUUGAUUGACAUGAAACCAGGUGCCAUUAUUUAAAUGUACACUUGCAAAUUGAUUGCUGCCUGUUAUCACAUUUUUGUGCACAUGUUAACUGGUUGUACAGAAGUCAACUAUGGGUCUUUGUUUUGUGAACAUCAUCAUGUCUACUCAUUGUACAAUUGUUAACUUUUGGAGUUUGCUUUUUGCACAUCAUUGUACAUUUGUGUGCUUUGAUGUUCUCAACAUUCAAAUUUGUAAUUUAACAAAAACAAGUAAACUACUAUUCUGAUUACCUAAUUAUAUGUGUUUGAUUAAUUAGUAGUGAUAUUGUUCAGAACACUGAAAAGAAAGUCUACGUACAGGACACUGAAAAGAAAGAAAGUCUACAAAUAGUUACGGUAUUAAUUUAUUUGAUAUCUAUAAA